AUGAGCCACGACUCCGGGUCCAGCGCCGGCGCAGGCGUGGAGUCCCUCUCGCUGGACCUACUCGCCCACGCGCUGGCGGGCGUCCGCGACCCGCGGGACCGCAAGUCGUGCCGCCUCGCCAGCCGCGCCUUCGCUCGCGCCGAGGCCGCGUCCCGCCGCGCCGCGCGGGUGCUCCGCCGGGAGGCGCUCCCGCGGGCGCUGCGCACGUUCCCGGCGCUGUCCUCGCUCGACCUCUCCGCGUGCGCGGGCCUCGACGACGCCUCCCUCGCCGCCGCGCUGCCCGUCCCCGGCUCCUCCGCCGAGCCGCCGGGCCUGCUGCUGCCCGUCCGCCGGGUGCGGCUCGCGCGGGCCAGCGGCGUCGGGUGGCGCGGCCUGGAGGCGCUCGUGGCGGCGUGCCCGAGGCUCGAGGCCGUCGACCUCUCCCACUGCGUCGCCGCCGGGGACAGGGAGAUGGCCGCCCUCGCCGCGGCCGGGCUCAGGGAGCUCGUCAUGGACAAGUGCCUCGGCGUCACCGACGUCGGGCUCGCCAAGGUCGCCGUCGGCUGCCCCGGGCUCCAGAGUCUCAACGUCAAGUGGUGCCGCGAGAUCUCCGACAUCGGCGUCAAGCUGCUCGCCAAGAAGUGCCCCGAACUGCGCAGCGUCGACAUCUCCUACCUCAAGGUGACCAAUGAAUCCCUUAGAUCACUCUCCACUCUUGAGAAGCUAGAGGACAUAGCAAUGGUCAGCUGCUUGUUUAUAGAUGAUGAUGGCCUACAAAUGCUAAGUAUGUGCAACUCGCUGCAGGCAAUUGGUUCUACCUGCAAGAAUUUGGUUGAGAUUGGGCUUAGCAAAUGCAAUGGCGUUACAGAUGAUGGUAUUGUUUCGCUAGUUGCUCAUUGCUGUGACUUAAGGACUAUCGACGUGACAUGCUGCCAUCUUCUUACAAAUGAUGCCCUUGCUGCAAUUGCCGAGAACUGUAGAAAGAUUGAAUGCCUUCGACUGGAAUCCUGCCCUUUUAUAAGUGAGAAGGGACUAGAGCCAAUCGCAACCCUCUGUUCCCACCUUAAGGAGAUUGACCUCACUGACUGUCGUAUUAAUGAUGCAGCUUUGCAGCACUUGGCAAGUUGCUCGGAACUGCUGAUCUUGAAGCUUGGCCUCUGCUCUAGCAUUUCUGAUGAAGGCCUUGUUUAUAUUAGUUCAAACUGUGGAAAGCUUGUGGAACUUGAUCUAUACCGUUGUAGUGCUAUUACUGAUGAUGGGCUGGCAGCUGUAGCUAGUGGCUGCAAGAAGAUCAGGAUGCUAAACUUAUGCUAUUGCACCCAAAUCACCGAUGCUGGUUUGAAGCAUGUAAGCGCUCUGGAAGAACUCACAAACCUGGAAUUGAGAUGCCUGCGGCGCAUCACGGGCAUUGGGAUCACCUCCAUCGCCAUUGGUUGCACUAGCCUGAUAGAACUGGACCUUAAACGCUGUUAUUCUGUGGAUGAUGCUGGCCUGUGGGCUCUUUCAAGAUACUCCCAGAACCUUAGACAACUUACUAUCUCCUACUGUCAAGUCACUGGCCUGGGCCUGUGCCAUCUGCUGGGCUCACUGAGGUGCCUCCAGGACGUGAAGAUGGUUCACCUCUCCUGGGUCUCCAUUGAAGGGUUUGAGAUGAGGCGCUGA